AGGAAAUCUUCAAGUGACCUUGAGCAGGCCAGCCCCUCUCCUUCGGAGGAGAACUCCGAAAGCUCGUCUGAAUCGGAAAAGUACAGUGACCAGGACUUCACUCCAGAGAAGAAACCGCCUCCGAGGGCUUCGCGACGGGCACCCGCUGGAGGAUGGAAGAAAAAGAAAAUCGAGUCGGCCUCCGACUCGGAGAGCAAGGCAGACUCCGAGGAGGAGGAGGAGGAGGAGGACAAUGACCGAGAGGGCAGCCGGGCCCCCACUCCCAAGUCCGACUCUGACUCCAACUCGGAUGAAUCCGUCAAGAAGCCCCCCCGGGGAAGGAAGGCAGCUGCCGAGAAGCCUCCCCCCAAGCCCCGUGGCCGGAAGCCUAAACUUGAGAGACUUCCCAGCAGCUCCAGCAGCGACAGCGACAGCGACGUGGACCGCAUUAGCGAGUGGAAACGGCGGGACGAGGAGCGCCGGCGAGAGCUGGAGGAGAAGCGGAAGCGCGAGCAGGAGCAGGAGCUGCGCCGGCUGCGGGAGCAGGAGCGGGAGGAGAAGGAGCGGAAGCGGGAGAAGGCCGAGAAGGGGGAGGCGGAGGCGGCGGAGAGCGAGAGCAGCGCGGACAGCGAAGCCCCCAGGAGGAGCAAGAAGGGGCAGCACAAGGCAGCCCCCUCUUCCUCGGACUCUGAGGCAGAGAAAGAGGUGAGCUUGAGGGUGCAGGCUUCCCCUCCAGCUCUCCAGCCCUCGUCCUCAGAUCAUUCGAAGAAAUCAAGUCAAAAGGAGAAGCGAGGCCACGGAGACGAGAAGGCGUCUCGGAACAGGUCUCUGAGAGCCGAACGAGGCAGGAAGAAGCCGGAUCUGCUGUCGGAAAGAAAAUUGGAGAAGAAAAAAGAACCAACCGUGGAAGAGAAACUUCAGAAAUUGCACAGCGAGAUCAAGUUUGCCCUCAAAGUGGACAAUCCGGACAUCAAGAGGUGUCUGAGCGCGUUAGAAGAGCUGGGCAGCUUGCAGGUCACUUCGCAGAUCCUCCAGAAGCACACUAACGUCGUGGCCACCCUGAAAAAGAUCCGACGUUACAAAGCCAACAAGGAUGUGAUGGAAAAGGCGGCCGAAGUCUACACCUGCCUGAAGUCCCGCGUCCUGGGCCCCAAAACUGGGGGCAACCAGAAGGUGCACAGGGCGGACGUGGAGAAGGAGGAAGGGGGCAAAGACAAGGAGAAGCUGCCGGCCGGGGAAGCGGAGAACGAGCGGGGCGAGGAGGAGGAGGAGGAGGAGAAGGAUCCUGAUCUCCCAGCGCCCGUGAACGGGGAAUCGGCCACCCAGAAGGAAGAAGGGGAAGCGGAGGACAAAGGCCAAGGGGAAGACUGGACUCCCGGAGAGGGCAAGAGGGAGACGUCGCCCGAAGAGACCCACAACGA